UUCAUAUGUAGAUAAAUUUUUUAGUUAUCAAUCGAAAAUUCUAAAUUAAAUAUGAUUUCUUUGACAAAACCAUAUUUGAAAAUCGAGAGCAAUAAAUUUUACUUUAGUCGAAAACCGAGAAUUACAUUUUGGAUGUUUUUUAUCUUAACGAUAAUUAUUUCUACAAUUAUCUGUCAUUGCAUAACAAAUGGAUUAUUUUUAUUAAUGACAUUUAUUUUGGGAGAAAUUAUUUUUGGUCUUGAAGCAUUUGGUGAUUGGGAAGAAUUAACAUUGGAUAGAAAAGAAAAUUUAGUAAUUUUUUCUAAAAACUCCUGGCAUGAUAAAUUAUUUAGUAAAAAUUCAGUUAAGUAUUUUUUCAAAAGUAAAUUAAGCGAUAUACGUCAUGUUGGUGUAUCUCAGAAUAUGGGACUAUUUAUACUACCACGAAAUGGUAAAGUUGUAUUCAUUGGCACGCAGGGAUUAAGUCGUGAUGAAGUUCAAAAUAUUAAAAGAGAUAUAAAUUUUUUUCUUAAUUUAAAUAAAACUGAAUGUUUAGAAAAUAAUUUUUUAAAUAUCACAGAAUCUGAACAGUAUUUACAAACGUUACUUCAAAAAUGUAAUCAUAAUGAUAAUUUGAAAGAGAUAUUUUUAAAGAAUCAUAGAAAAUUAAAUUUAAAUGUACCUGUUCAUCAGCAUCAAAGUAGUCCGUUGUUAGGAGAUGACAGCAAAAAAUUAACCAAAAUAUUUUGGAAUAAACAACCCUAUGAUACUGACAACUUUCAAAAUAUUCACCUUUCGCAUAUGAGACGUAGAAAUUCAGUUCCUAGAAGAUAA